CCGCCUCCUCCGCCUCCUCCUCCGCCUCCUCCUCCUCCUGCUCCUGCUCCUCCCCGAUCAGCGAUGCGCGACCGGCCCGGCCACCCACUCGUUGGACGCGCUCGCUCGGCGGCAGCAUGGAGAACCUCGACAAGCAGCAGAUGGCCAUGCUCCGGAAGGCCUUCGACUCCUUCGACACGGAGAACAAGGGCUGCAUCGGCACGGACAUGGUGCAGCCCAUCCUGGAGAUGUUCGGCCAGAAGGUGUCGGGCAACGCGCUCAAGGAGGUGAUCGCCGAGGCGGACGCCGACGGCUCCGGCGAGCUGGAGUUUGAGGAGUUCGCCAACCUGGCCGCCAAGUUCAUGGUCGAGGAGGACACCUCCAUGCUGAAGGACGAGCUCCGUCAGGCGUUCCUGCUGUUCGAUAGAGAAGGCAACGGCUACAUCACGACGGAGCAGCUGCGGGAGAUCCUGUUCGAGCUGGACGGCACCAUCACCCCCUCCGACAUGGACAACAUCAUCGACGAGAUCGACGCGGACGGCUCGGGCACCGUGGACUUUGAGGAGUUCAUGGCGGUCAUGUGCGGCGAUGACUGAGGGCAGCAGGCCGCCACGCACCACUCGCUGGAGGACUCCAGUCGCCUCCAGGCUCCAGCAGCAAGCGCCAAAGAAGCUGCUCUUUUCGUUUCUAAUCUUUUUCGUUUUCCGUCUUUUGUUUUUUGUAAUCUUAAUUUUCGUUCUCAUUCGGCCGGGAAAUUAUCGAGUUUCACCCUUCACAAAUCGUUUCUUAUUGAUCUUGAAUGCAUUCCUAACAAGUAUGUCUUGUAGUACUAAUAUUUAAGUGCGGUGUACAAUAAAGAAUUUAUUUUGAAAAAAAAAUGACUCGAUAAUUAACAUUGUCAGUGUAAAUAGCGUGGUGCAAGUAGCGUGUCCGCGUGCCUGAGAUGCUCCGCGGGUCCACAACGACACAGCCACACACCUCACUGCCAAAGGGGCGGGGGCAGCGGCAUCGCACCCCCCACCCCCUUUCCUGCCCCAUCGAUGUAGGCGGUAUAUCCCAGCCACCAAAACGAAAUGUACACGCAUCGAGGAGCACCCAAUACAACUUGGAACAUUUGAAACGUUCUCAUGAUAAAUCUUGAUUUACGUUAUUUUGAAAGGCCAUAUUAAUCUCUGUAACUUCCAUUUAAUUUGUUUCAUAGAAACAAUGUUGGUCAAGGCAAGUCCAAAAGCCACGUUUUCCGAAUCCGAAUGUCAACGCCUGCGGCGCUUAGGGUAGGCCUUCCCGCCAAAUGUCUGUGUGGAGAUAGUGGCCUACCCUCAGCGCCUGAGCGGCGAUACCCCCAGCCCCUCAGUGGAAGUGGACGCACAUAACUGUCGUGUCCGCCAGAUGGCGUUGUGUAAGGCACUGCCUUGUGAAAUGUUUACCUGUGUUAUCUCAGAAUAAUAAACGUCAGUUCGGUAUCAGA